AUGGUGGUCGGAACACGCAGCACAGCCUUCGGCGCACCAAGCUACUUGGCGCUCUCGUUCAAGCAGACUUUUGGCACCCCAUCGCUCGCUUCUACUGAUAGUCGAUGCAAAGAACUACAUGCGUUUGUGUUUUCAGCUGCGCUUCUAACAGCUGAACAUAACAUCGACGAGGUGUGUGUAUUCUUAAAGGUGAAUUACUAA